CCCUCAGGCCCUGCCCGGGCGACCCCGCGGCUCUGCCCCCCCCCCCCGGCCGAGCCGGGCGCUCGCGGGUCGGCUGGCUGGCGGGCCGGCGCGGGGCAGCAUGGUGGAGAAACGCUGCCCGCGGCUGCAGCGCGAGAGCGUCUACCGCUGGUUCUCGGAGCUGCCGUCCCCGCAGCGGGUGGAGUUCCUGUGCGGCCUGUUGGACCUCUGCAUCCCGCUGGAGCUGCGCUUCCUGGGCGCCUGCCUGGAGGACCUGGCGCGCAAGGACUACCACUCGCUGCGCGACUCGGAGAUCAAGGCCAACAACGCGGCCGACCUGGGCAGCCUGACCAACCUGACGGACGAGGUGGUGCGCAGCAAGCUGCUGGUCUCGCUGGCGCUGCUGGGCUCGUCGCACCGCGAGGCGGCCGGCGUGCUCUUCCGCACCCUCACGCACCUCGACUCGGUCAUCCACAACUACGGGCUGCAGCUCAACGAGGGCCGCACCGGCGAUGAGUUCCUGCUCCUCUUCACCAUGGCCUCCAACCACCCGGCCUUCAGCUUCCACCAGAAGCAGGUGCUGAGGCAGGAGCUCACCAAGAUCCAGAGCCUCCUGGCCUGCACCGCCAAGGGACCCCCCGUCAGCGCCCCCGCCGGGGUGGCCGGCGCGGGGGCCACCUGCCCUGGGUGCCACAAGGUCACUCCGAGAUCCGAGACCCCCAUAAACCAUGUGGUGGGUAACAGUUUAGAGAAUGCACUCCACACAUCAGCACAUUCCAUUGAGGAGUCAUUGCCUAAAAGGCCUUCAGGGAAGCACUCCAAAGUGAGCGUUGAAAAGGUGGAAUUAAAGGGAUUAUCACACAAGAAGAAUGAUAGGAUUGUUGAAUAUUCUUUUGAGGUCUUGUGGUCUGAUUCCUCAGUGACGGUGGUAACAAAGUCUUCUGCCGAAGUGACUGAUUUCAUUUCAAAGUUAGGUCAGUUGUGUCCAGAAGAAAAUUUGGAGAAAUUCAUUCCUUUUCUAGCUGGUCCAGAUUCAUUUUACUUAGAAAGAAGCCAUAUGGACUUGGAAUCAGACCUUAGGUAUUUGGCAUCAUUACCGUCCCAUGUCUGGAAAAAUGACCACGUCAAGAAAUUUUUCAGCACUUCAUGUCACUCCCCACAAUUUCACGGUUCAAGUACCGGCAAUUCUUCCCAUUACAAAGUGGGUACGACGCUGGGUGCUUCUGGAAGGCCCAUCUGUGGGGUUGCAGGUGUCCAGGCCACACAGAACAGUCUUCAGCACCACCUGCCCCACGCGGCCGCCACAGCCGUUGCCCUCUCCCACUGCUCUCAUUCAGGCGGGACCGGACCCACAUUAGCAUGUAGCCGCACCCAGGUAGAAAACUCUUCCCCCGUUUUAAUGACUCCGAGCUCACAAAACCCACAGGCCCAGGAGCAAAAUGGAAUUUUAGAUUGGCUGCGAAAACUCCGGUUGCACAAGUACUAUCCGGUUUUUGAACAGUUGACAAUGGAGAAGUUCUUGAGCCUCACCGAAGAAGAUCUUAAUAAGUUUGAAACACUAACCAUGGGAGCAAAGAAGAAACUCAAGACCCAGCUGGAACUGGAAAAAGAAAAGUCAGAGAAGCGGACCAUGAACCCGGCCCCCUCCCCAUCUGUGAGGUCUGGGGUGGCCAGAGUUCCUCCCACCACUCACAUCAACCCCAUACAGAACAUUCGUGGGAACCAUGCCACAGAACUCCACGUGGACGUGGAUCAGACGGUCACCCCCACCCCCCGCGAAGGCAGCUCCUCAGAGUCCUCCAGCUCCUCCUCCAGCCCCAUGGGGAUGCAGCCCCGGGAAGAAAGCUCAGACAGCGCUGAGGAGAAUGAGAGGCGUGUGGAGAUUCACCCGGAGCGCUCGGAGAAGGAGAAGCCGGUCAUGAUCCUGAAUCACUUCGGCUCCAGCUCGGCCCGGCCCACGGCUCAGGUUUUGCCCGUGCAGAACGAGGCAGGGUCUAGUCCGUCCACUCACCACCCCUUGCCAGGACAGAUGACAGCCACUCCGAUUCGAAUAUUAAACUCUAUGCACAAAUCCGAGCGCGGAAACGCAGACCUGAAGCUCCUUUCUUCCCCUAUGCACUCGCUUUUACCUUUAGAGGAGAGGACCAAGUUCUCAGCUGGGGCCGCUCAGAAUAGUGUCAAGAUGGAGAAGAGCUUUGGAAACACCCUGGCGGAUCGGAUCCCAGCGUCUCUGCAUCAGCCCCUCCAAGUGUUCUCGGCUGUCCCUGAAAAUGGCUCCUCCGCGCCUUCUAUUCAUUUCGGACCACGAUCCAAAUUGGUCCAUGCGCCUGUGCUGGACCGAGUGGCAAAACCAUCCCAGCUGCCAGGCAUCCUGGUGGAAACCAGCACCACAGCCACCGUCACCUCGAGCACGGUCUUCCACAUGGCCCGCCCCCCCAUCAAGCUCCUAGUCUCUUCCUCCGUGCCCACUGAUGCCACCCUGGCGGGGCAGCCGUCCUGCUCCAACAGUAUGCAAUUCAGCGUGUCUCCAGCAAUAAUCAGCCCUCGGACGGCUCUGUACACCGCCAACACCAAAGUGGCCUUUUCUGCCAUGAGCGGCAUGCCAGUGGCCCCCAUGCCCAGCAGCACCUUCUGUGCGAACAGCAACCCCGCCGCGUCUUCCAGCAGCCACCUCGCCACCUCCUUCGCCAACAUGGGCAGCCUGUCCAGCUGCCCCCCUCCCAGCUCCAGCCCCACGCUGUCCUCAGCUGCGGAGAACAGCUUCUAUGGCGGGGGUGGCUCCGCAGGGAACAUGCCCGUCCCUAACCAGAACAACCAGCACCACCAUCACCACCACCAGCAGCAGCCGCCUGGCUGCAUGGUCUGCAGUUCCUGCGGCUGCAGCGGGAACUGCGGCUCCAGUGGCAUGACUGUGAGCUACACAAACUACUUCCAGCACCCCUUUUCAGGGCCGUCGAUGUUUACGUUCCCCUUCCUGCCCUUCAGCCCUCUGUGCAGCAACGGCUACGUCAACACCCAGCAGUACAACAGCAGCUCGGCCUUCCCCAUGGUCCACUCUCCGUACAGCGGCGGCCCCACGCCGGACUCCCUCAUGAGCGGACAAUCCGCCUUUGCGGUGCCCCCCAUGCAAAGCUUCAUGACCGGCACCGCAGGGGUGUACCAAGCCCAGGGGAUGGUGAACCACGGCGGGGGCUCAGGACAAAAGAAGCCUGGGAACCUCUCCUGCUACAACUGUGGAGCCAGCGGCCACCGAGCUCAGGACUGCAAGCAGCCCCCGAUGGAUUUCAAUCGACAAGGUACAUUUCGGUUAAAAUACGCUCCCCCGGCUGAGAGUUUAGAGUCCACAGACUGACCUUAACUUCAGAUGCAAUAUUUUGUGAUGGCAACAAGGCCAUGAAAUAAUUAGGAAACUUCAGAUUGGAACAUAGGGAGUCUAUCUGUUGAGCUUAAUUAAUGUUAUUUUUUUAAUCCAAAGGUGCUCUACUUCAACCCUAGGAAGGAACUGAAACUUUGGGGGUCGUUGGGGGGGGGGCUUCGAAGCCCUUUUUUUUUUUUUAUUCCUGAAAUUGCCAAAACGAUAACAGAUGUUGGAUCUCCCGAAGAUGGGCGAGACUGGCCAACUGUCUUUUCUGUUGUAUAGAAACUGCUGCACUUUUGCCGAAGAAUGUUGCCAUAAUUUCACCUUCCAUGCUGAAAAAUUAAACUCCUGGGCAGCUACGUUAUAAUCUGGAGUUGGAGUGAGAGCUGAAGGCCAGUGGGGCAGACGCUGCCAUUCGCCUGCUGGACUCAACCUCGGAAGCUAGAGAAACAUCUCUCCUUUUUUUCCCCCUCUCAAAAUAAAUCAGGCACUACACUCUGGGAUUUUAAAGGGUUGCACUAGAGAAGAAUGUAUAAUUCUGUUCUGACUAUCUGCACUUCUAGCAAACUGAGGUCAGGGGAAGAGAGGUUGGGAACAGGCACCAGCAGGCUACGUGGGUCUUCUAAUAAAGGAAAAAAACUUAACCCUCUUUUUCUUCCCAAAGAACAGAGAUGAAUGCUUCAUUCUGGAAACAGUUACACCACGUUGGUCAGCAACUACUCUUAACGUAAGACUAAGUUACCAGCGGUGGAUUAAACUUAGUCUCCAAGGGUCUAGUGCCAGAGACUCGGUGGUGUGUUUUUUUUAAAAAAAAAAAAUCUCUUCUACGACUUAAGGAAGUGUUAACAGUUCAGCGGUUUCUGCCAUAGGAAAUGGUGUUCUGCAUCUGUAAUAAAUUUUAAAAUUUAGACUCUUCCAGGAAUUUGUUGGGUUUAGAAGGCACAGCGUCAAAUACAGUACAGUAGCAUACCGUUUCAUUACUUAGGAAGGUUUGUAGUUUGCCUAUUUCAUUUGAUAUGAGCUAUAAAAAAUUUAGCUUUGGUAGCUAUGUAGCAGCCAGUAGCGCUUAUCCAAAGGGGUUGAAACAAUGUGGAUUUACCUGUCAAAGGGAGGCAACGGUUUUUAAAAAUUCAUUUUCCCAGCGGUACACCUUGCUUCAUCAUCUGGGCUGCCUCAAUUCAUAGUCAUGUAGGACGGGAUUGGCUGGCUCUCCCCAUUUUUUUAAUGGGCUGUUUUGUAGUAGAAGAGAGCUCCCCUCUGAACUGUAGGAGUAGCAGUGCCAAUAAUUUCCCUCUGCUUUCCACAAAGCAGCGGCGAGUUCCAUUCCUGAGCUGGUCUGUUGCCUUGGACACUGAUAUUCUAGCAGGCCUGCAUCUGACAUCCGUUAUUUCUAUGCAAUGGAGUAUUCCAUUUCCAUCUCCUCACUUCGGCUUCACCAAAACAGGGUUAGAUGGGUGUGAGACAGACUUUAGUUGAACUUUAUUCGCUCCAAACUCGGGGGUAAUAAUGUGGUUGCUGUUAAAAUCAGUCUGCCAAGAUCAUAAUGUGUAAAACCCAUUUUAGUGCCCUGAAUGAUUGAGGCUGCUGUUAUACAUGGUUACUGUUAGGAAAAUCAAAAAACUAUAUUCAAAGUGGAUGGGAACUCAGCAAUUUACGUGGCCUUAAUGAUCUUGCCAUGAGUAGAAACAUCCUGCCGUGGUUAUUACAUCUUUCAGUUCAUGUUUAUUCUUAAAGAUGAAAAUACUUUUAGUAGUCUGAAAUAUACGCUAAGAGCCAAAUGUCCAUUAAAAAAAAAAAA